UUCUCUCUCUCCUCCUCCUCUCUGUGAGUCUCUAGGUGAGUCAAAAGCAGCCCUGAAUCAGGAAGUAGGAUGCCAUGACAGACAUUAGUAGUCAGAAGGAAAGGGCCACCACCACCACACAAUGUCACUAUGUCUGCUGCUGUUCCUGUCCAUGGUAACGCAAGGACGAGAGGGAGGAGAGGCUACAGGGAAAUGACCCCACCGUCGUUCCUGUUGCUGCUGGCUCUGACAGCCUGCCUGGCUGGGACUGUGUUCUGCCAGGAUGAUGAAGACACAAAUACUGUUGAAGAUCCAGAAACAGAAAAUGAUGCUGUGAUCCCAACUGUAAGUGAUGCUACCCCCACACCAGAACCAUACGUAUCAACUGAGAGUCCUUCAGAGGGAUAUGAGACCAAAGCUGAAACUGGUUCUGGAGACAGUCCAGGUGUAAAUGUACAAGACAUGUUGGUGUUACAUCAGUUUCCAAACAUGAUGGUCCCUCUUCCAGACGAGGAUAAUCUCAAAUCCUCUGAAGCGCCGCUCGAGGAAAGUCUGAGUCACACCUUCAUCCUGGUUCCUGUUGUUCUGGUGGUCAUAAUAAUCGCCAUGGUAGUAGGCAUAAUCAUAAUCAACCGAAGAUGGAAUCAAAAAGAAAAGAGCAAUUCCGAUAAUGUGGAAGAGGAUAAAUAUUUGCAUGGUAGUGACGACACAGAAAAGGUUCCAAUGCCCAUGUUUGAGGAUGAUGUCCCCUCUGUGUUGGAGAUGGAGAUGGAAGACCUGGAACAGUGGAUGACUAAAGAUGGUGGAGUUCGAAUGGACUCUGGACAAAGGAUCUAACAUGAGAUCAUGGCUACUCCCUAAAGAGUUAUGGAGUCAGUCAAUUCUCUCUCCCAACGGUCCUCUUGCUGUACUGCCUGUGACAAAGGACAUUUCCCCAUCGCAGGGAAGGACAUUCUGUUACCCAGCAGCACUGUAGGCUUCUUCUAUUAAUGUCAAUGUCAAAGCAACGUCAUCAACCAACCACAUUGACAACAAGAAAGCAACACCGCCACAAAAGUGACUGCAAAAAACAGGAAUUGCUGAAUUUAUUUCCCAUUUCAGCAUUUAAAAAAGACAAGUAACAACCAAUGCACAAGAUAAAAGUUUAUAGAACGUAGCAUCUUAAAAUCUGCGCACUCCACCCUCAACUGUACUUUGGUAUCGACUCCAUGGAGAAACAGUGUGUGGCAAUAGUCCUUUCACUACACAGGUCCUGAUUGUGGUCGGCCUAAUAAUGAAUGCUUUUUGCAACGCCAUCAACUCAGUACUGUGCCUUUUAGUCAUUGUUUCAAGUUCAUAUACACUUUUUAUGUGAUUAUCUUUUGUAUUCAGCUGUCAUGCAGUGAGAGAGGGAAGCAGUGAGAGAGGGAAGCAGUGAGAGAGGGAAGCAGUGAGAGAGGGAAGCAGUGAGGGAGGGAAGCAGUGAGAGAGGGAAGCAGUGAGAGAGGGAAGCAGUGAGAGAGGAAGGAGUAAAACACAGGAGGUUGGUGUCACCUUAAUUGGGGAGGACGGGCUUGUGGUAAUGUCUGGAGCAGAAUAGGUGGAAUGG